GUACAAAUGGUUAAUUUAUUAAUUAUAAUGCUAUAUAAUCAAGUCAUAUUAUAAUAUCCAAAAUCAUUGACAUACAAACUAAUUGGUGCAUUUGAACAUACCAUACAGGAUACAGUUUAUCUAUCUGUUCAAUACAAAAAAAAAGUAAACACAACACCUACCUACCCUUUGAAGUUGAAUCUAAUCCAAAUCAACAUUAUUGAAUCUCUCUCAGCAAUGGUCAUUCCCAUCAAUGGGAGUUGGUUAGUGCUGAGUAUUGCUCUUAUGCUAUCAAGCCAUGGAAUGAUCAUCACAGCUCAACAUCAAGAGGUUAAUUAUGAUACUAAUGAUCCACAUAGGACUGCUUAUCACUUUCAACCACCUCAAAAUUGGAUGAAUGAUCCCAAUGGACCCCUGGUUUACAAGGGAAUAUAUCACUUAUUUUACCAGUAUAACCCCAAUGGUGCAUUUUGGCAACCUGAUAUAGUAUGGGCACACUCUACAUCGACUGAUUUAAUCAACUGGACACCACAACCAAUUGCCCUUACGCCUUCGGAACCUUACGAUAUCAAUGGUUGUUGGUCAGGGUCUACAACUAUACUUCCUGGAGAUAUACCAGCAAUCUUAUACACAGGAUUUAGCAACCAAAAAUAUGAAGUUCAAAAUCUAGCCUUACCUAAAAAUCUAUCUGACCCUUACCUUAAGGAAUGGACUAAGGUACCCCUAAAUCCACUAAUGGUUGUCACACCUAAUAACAACCACAGCUUCAAUGCUUCAUCUAUUAGAGAUCCAACCACGGCGUGGCGGUUAGCGGAUGGUAAAUGGAGAUUGAUCAUUGGUACUCAUCAAGGAAAGCGUGGAAUCGCGGUUCUUUACACUAGCAAGGACUUUGCAACUUGGAACUAUGUUGAACGUUUUUUUCAUUCAGCUGAAGAUAACGGAAUGUGGGAAUGCCCUGAUUUUUUCCCUGUUUAUGUUGGAAAGUCAUUAGGUGCUGAUAUAUCUGUUAUUGGUAAGGAUGUCAAACAUGUUUUCAAAGUAAGUUUAUUUGAUACUCAAUAUGAGUACUAUACUAUUGGAACGUAUGACAUUAAUAAGGAUAUUUACGUGCCUAAUGAGGGAUCAAUUGAAAGUGAUUUGGGUUUGAGAUAUGAUUAUGGUAAAUUUUACGCGUCAAAGUCUUUCUUUGAUAGUAUGACUGAUCGUAGGAUAGUGUUCGGAUGGGUUAAUGAAUCUUUAACGCAAACAGAAUUUAUGAUAAAGGGGUGGUUCGGAAUACAGGCAAUUCCAAGAACAAUUGUGCUGGAUCAAUCUGGGAAGCAAUUGGUGCAAUGGCCAGUGAAAGAGGUUGAAACGCUACGAGAAAAAAAUCAUGUGGAAUGGUUAUCUCAAGUAAUCAAAGGAGGAUCACUUAUUGAAAUAUCUGGCAUCACAAGUUCUCAGGCGGAUGUAGAAAUUUCAUUCAAAGUACCAGAUUUAACUUACGUUGAGGAAUUAGACCAAACAUGGACCAACCCACAAAUAUUGUGCAGCCUAAAGGGUACAUCCAUUGAAGGAGGACUUGGGCCUUUUGGGCUGCUAACACUUGCUUCUACGGGCUUAGAAGAAUACACUGCGAUCUUCUUCAGAAUUUUCAAAGGCCCAAAUAAAUAUGUUGUCUUAAUGUGCAGCGAUCCAAGCAGGUCUACUUUAAACCCAACAACCGAUAAACUAAGUUUCGGGACUUUUGUGGAUGUGGAUCCUGAAGAUCUUUCUUUAAGGACUUUGAUUGAUCAUUCUAUUGUGGAGAGCUUCGGUGCCAAUGGAAAAAGUUGCAUCACAACAAGAGUUUAUCCCACAUUGGCAAUUAAUGACAAAACAAAGUUGUAUGCCUUCAAUUAUGGAACAGUGAAUGUUAAUAUUACUAAAUUAAAUGCUUGGAGUAUGAAGAAGGCCCAAAUCAAUCUCUCCAAGAACAUGGAAUAUCACAAUGAGGAGCAUAAAGAUGAAUUAUGAAUUUUAUGAUAGAUGAUAGCUUCAUUUUGUUUUGUGAUUCUUAUUCCUAUAGUGGAGGAGCAAUUGUUUGGUAAUUUUUAUUUUAAUUUUUAAAAAAGUUUUUUAUUAAAUCUGUCUUGUGUUAAUAUGAUCAUAGACUUGAAAUUUGGAAUUA